UGUAUGUUAUUUAUUUUUAAUUUAUCUUCCUUGUUGCAUUUAUUUUAUUUGUUUUUCUCUAUGGCCAGUCCUCCUGUGAUUAUCAUCCUCUUCAGCAAGCUUGUUCAUAAACUGUAAUAUCAAAUGUCGGUGCUGAAAAGCGUCCGGUCCAAUGAAUAUGUGUCCGUCAAAUAAACGUAAAUUGGCGCCUGAAUUAUGUUUAAAAGGACAAGUAUAUUUCAUUUGGUCAACUUAUCAAAAUCUGCAGGAGUUACAGAACAAAAUUUCUUUACUUGGCGGUAAAGUAGAUGAAUUUUUCAGCCGCGAUAUUACAACCGUACUUGUUGAAGAUAUUCAUCUUUUAGGAUAUCAGUUCACACCUUGUGAACUGUCUUCAAAGCCAUCGUACAACCCCAGCGGGGUAGUUGCACCUGCAGGCUUCAGCCCGGGCGGAUUUUUUAACUUGCCGUCAACAUCCAGAGGUUAUAGUUUACUUCCAAAUAAUUAUAAUUCUCCAUAUCGCGUUAUAUGUAAUGCUAGACAAUGGGGUAUUCAGAUCUUAGGAAUCACUCAGUUUUUAUCUUGGAUUGAUCCGCAUGUAAAAUCCAUCGCGCACCAGAAAAAGAAGAAAACUGAAAGUUUUGCCAACCUUAGUGGGUGCUAUGUGAAAUUUGAAAGCUGCCAAAAAAAAUAUCGACCAUGUUACAAAAUGUUUAAUAAUAACCCAGAGUAUUUAAUGCCAUUAAAAAAUGCAAAUAUUUUAGUGAAACCGGAUACUUGUAAUGUAAUAUUAGAUCAGCCGUCUGGACAAAGGCAGUUGUAUUUCAAUCAUAUGGACAGUAAAGAUUAUGUGAGAGAUUCAAAUGUUCUGUUGAAUGCAGGAGAGAAAAAAGCUGUUAAUGCCAGUAAGCUGAAGCCCAAAGAAGAAAAUAAUUAUUGUGAAUGCUGUAGGACGCACUUUACUGAUUUAAAACUUCACAUUAGAAGUGUCAAACAUCAGACUUUUGUUUCAAAUGAAAAAAAUUAUGAAAGUGUUCAUAGCAUACUAAAAAUGUUACCAUCAGCUCAAGAAUUCAUUGAAAAGCAUAAAAAAACAGCUCAUGAAGCUGAUUUAGUUUUCCAAAACAGUGAUUUACUACAAGAAUACAAAGAAGACAUGACUGUGGUUGAUUUUUCCAUGCCGCUUAAUUUGCAAGUGAAAAAGCAUGAUUCACCACCGCCACUGAACCUGAACAAUAAUAAAAUGGAGGCAUCUACUGCAUCUUUUAAUGCAACAGUAAAAAAUGAGGAGUUAAUCUUUCCUCUUGACUUACAAAUGAAAAAGCUCAAAGAAAUUAAAGAGGAAUCAUAUCCUGUUAAGCGAGAAGCUACUGAUGAUCAAAAUAUGAUAGCUUGUAAAACUGAAAAUAUUUUACAGCCUAAAGUUGAGUUAGCCAAUAAUGCAGACAUAAUAGAUAAAUUGGACAACAAAGAGUCAAACUGUAAUCCAGAAAUAUCCGAGGAAUUGCCAACGAAAGGUGCCACCAUCGAUUCAAUGUUUGACAAAUCUAACUGUGCAGAUUUGGCACAAUUGUGUCUAAAGAAUUUUGACAGUUAUUGGCUUGAUAAUUUACCUUGUGAAAUGGACGAUAUUAUGUUUGAUGAUAAUAUCUUUGAUUUUGAUGAUGGGAAACAGAAACUAGAAGAAGAACCUAAUAAAUGUUUACAGCCACUUGAAAAUUGUACUUCCACUGAUAUUGCUCAAUCCCCAUCUGUGAACUUUGGCAUUUCUGCCUCUUGUUUUAAAAUGCAGUGUAGCACCACAAAUGCUUCCACGUUUUUUAACAGCUCAAUGAACGUAAAAGAUACAAAAAAUGGAUCAGACAAAGAAUGUGAGAACUAUCUUUCUUCAUGCAGAGUUGAAGAAGAUGCUAAAGAAACAUUUUUACCGAUGAAUGUGACUAUGGGUUUGAAUCAAUCACUGGUCGAUACAAAGAAUUUUAAGCUCAGUAACUCUUUUGAAAUAAAACAAAAUCCGUUUUACGAAAAGAAAGCAAACACUGAUCUUCGUCCAUCGUUCUCCUGUGUCAUGUCUGAAAAGAUGUCAGAACAAAUGUUUUCUAGUGACAGUUCCAAUGAUGAGGAUGGAAAUGUGCUAAUAAGUAAUGCUUUGAAUAUGAUUGCAGAUAGUGACAGUGAUAAUGAUUCUAUUUCAAACUGUGUUAAUGCUUUCAAGAAGCAUCAGAAGGAAAGUCUUGCUAGUGCGGAUAUAUGUAGUGAUGUUCCUGCAGUAAAAACGGUAGAAUCUGCUGCAGUUUCUGUCUCCCUAAGUUCUAUAUGCUCAUCACAUAUUGCUACUAUACCCAUCUCUGUUAAUUCUACUUGUAGUGCACCUGUUGCUGCAAUUUCUGUUUCUGUAAAUUCUACCUGCUCUGCAUCUACUUCUGCAAUUCCCAUCUCUGUAAAUUCUACCUGUGAUACACCUAGUGCUGCAAUUCCUGUUUCUGUAAAUUCUAUUUGCUCUUCACCUACUGCAAUUAUCAAUUCUGUAAAUUCUACCAGCAGUGCACCUACUAUUACAAUUCCUGUAUCUGUGAAUUCUAGUUGCUCUUCAUUUACUGCUGCGAUUCCCCAUUCUGUAAGUUCUACCUGCACUGUACCUACUGUUGCAGUUCCUGUUUCUGUAAGCUCUGCCUGCUCUGUACCUACUGUUGCAAUUCCUUUUCCUGUAAAUUCUAUUUGCUCUUCACUUCCUGCCGUAAUCCCUGAUUCUGGAAGCUCUACCUGCUCUGCACCUAUUGAUGCAGUUUCUCUUCCUGUAAAUUCUGCUUGCUCUUCACCUACUAUCACUGCUACAUCAGAACCUUCUGUUGGCCCACUACCUGUUACAGAAUCCUCAUUAGUAAGUUCAUCUUCCAUACCUGCUGCAGUUCCUGUAUCAGCUGAAUCCUGGAAACAACCACUUGAAAGAAACACUUCUAGAGUUAAGAAAAUACCUCCAAAGAAGUCUGUAUCAAAACUCAGAAAAUUACCUCCUGUGUGGUCUGUAAAUAUUGUACCAGGUAAUGGAGUAAGAUUAAAAUUUACUUGUAUUCGUCCUGAAACCAUCGAAAGUGUAGAUGAGAGUACCGAAUCAGCCGAGUCUGAGUUUUCAGAUUAGCUCAUGAUAUUUGUAGUUCAUCAACUGUAAAUGUAUGUGCAUAAAUCAGUAGUAAUAUUAGUUUUUAUUAUUUAAAAUCUGUUAUUUCUUUUUUAAAAAAAUUUUACCUUGGCUAUCACAUAUGAACUUGUAAAAUUUAAAUUUUAUAGUGCAGUAUUAUGAAGCUUUAUAAGUGGUAAAAUUAAUUAUUAAAUAUAUUUUUAUAAAUAAUCUUAACUGCAGAUUUCAUGAACGAGAAUUUGUAAUGCACAGCUUAACUUGCCAGUUUUGUCCCCCAUUCUGUAAAGAAUUUUUAAAUAUAAAGGUUGUAAAUAUAUUGUAUGUGAUAACUUUUAAAACAUUUAAGCUGUUUUUAGUCCCCCCCCCCAUAAUUCACAUUGUGAAAUUAGUCAUAAAUCAUGUGUUUUGUUCCAUAAGCAGCUUACUCUAUGAUAUUUAUACAUUAUUUUAUUCAUUUUCUACAAAUAUUCCUUGCAUUUCUUAUCUUUUCUUGCAGAUGUAUCAUAACAUUUUGUAAAUAAAAAAGAAAAUUAUUUAUUGCAUGUGCUAAAAUAACCAUCAUAGAUGAUUCUUGUUGGUUAUAAGUGUGGUUUUUGGAGAUACCAGUGUAAUUAUAUUUAUAGUUAAAUUGUUCUUGACAAAAGUAGUUAAAAAACUGUAUUUUAUUACCAGUUCCUUCAUUUGGUGUUAUUCAUUAUUACUUUUAAAUUAUUUAAGAAUCCCUUCCUUAUAAUUACAUUAUUAUCACAUUUUAAUAGUUUUUUUGAGAGAGAGAGAAGUAACAUUUUGUGGCCUUAAUCACAAUUUGCUCAGAACUUAUUUAAAACUUAAAAGGAUGCUUUGGACAGCUUUUCACAACCCAUAAUUUUUUUUUUAAAUUCAGAGCUGACAAAUUUCUGCCAAAAUAGUUAAAACUAUCUGCUUAUAGGUAGUUGAAACUGAUAAGGGAAAAACUAGUAUCUGUCACAUAAGUAUAAAUUACAGAAAUAACUGUAAGAUGGCAGUUAUAGAAAUUCUUGAAGUAAUUGAAAAUAUAUCAAAAUAUUAUAAGUAGCGGUAGGGAAUAUAUUUUAAAAUGAAGCAUGUUCAGACCACAAAAUACCCUAGAAUUCACAAUUCAGGUUCAGCUUUACUUUUUUUAUGAAAUAGAUUACAGUAGAAGACCAGUUUAGCACUCUGCAAUAACCAAAAGUUCAAAAAUACAUGCCCAAUAAGAUUUAAUCGUUCAAGUUGACCUUUUCCAUGAAAUUCUCUCCAAGAGAAGAUGGAUUUAGUGUUCAUUAUAACAAAAUACCCAGAAGAUCUCAUGUUGAAUAAGAUAGAAUUUAAAUAAUAAACACAGCAUGCAUAACUUAGAAAUGAAGAAUUGUCUUCAUAUUUUUUUUUUUUUUUUUUUUUUUUCCGGAUUGGUUAAAUUGUAUGUUUAUUAUUCGUUUACUGCCUAUUAUAACCAAUUUGCCACUGGCUUAGCCAGAAAAAGCCAGCCUUAUGAAAGUUUUGAUGCAUAUUUUAACAUUAAAAAAUAGAAUUUUUAAUCUUAUUUUUUCAUUUCUAAAACAGUUGUGAACAUAAAAAAUUAAAUAAGAUAGCUGUUUUUGUAAAGUUAAAUAAGAUAGCUGUUUUUGUAAAAUUAAAUAAGAUAGCUGUUUUAAAUUCAUUGAAAAUUAAAUAUGAAGUUUAGAAAGCCUCAUUUGUUUUAAACUUGUGUAAAAUUAAUCUUACUAAGCUUUUGUUGCCAGAUCAAAGUUGAUAAAUGACAUAGAUUUAUUGUAUAAUUUUUCAAAAUUCUGAAACGGUCCAUUUGCUAUCUGUAAAUUAAAUUCAUGUUUUGAAUAUAUUUUUUAUCUUUGUUGAAUAUUUUAAUCACUUUUGCAUUAAUUUAUUAUUUUUAAGCUCUCUUUUUAACUAAUAUUAAACAAGGGUCAUAAAUGGAAUUACGAUUUUGAAUAAAUUUUUUUUUAUUUUACAUUAAUCAUGUUUUAAUGUCAGCAUAUUAAUAAUAAUAAACUUGGUUUUAUGCAUGUUAAUGUAUCACAUAUACUUGUUGUGUAACUAAGUUACAGAUCUCUAAACCUCUAAUAAUAAAUAACACUUCUUAAUGAUUAUUUAUAUAUAUAUAUAUAUAUAUAUAUAUUUGAUAAAAGAUCAUUGUUGUAAUAUAUGUUAUAUAUUUAGUCUGUAGGGGACUUUUCGGAAAUAGCAUUUUAGCCUUCUGUCGAGUGUCUUCUUUGUAUUUGCUAUGCAUGUGUAUAUCUUUAGAAUUGUUUGUUUUGACUUUCAAGAUGUGCCUUUGCAAUAAAGCCUUGGCUGCAGUGUCUGAUCGAAACUUUCUGAUUAUCUGCACCCCAAUGGAAAGCUGCCAGCACAUUGGCAAUCUAUAGGGAAUCAUAGUAAUGUUCCAUUUGUAAAUAACAAUCGAAAGAAACGGUACUUUCCCCUUAAUUAGAUGUAAACAUUGCCAAUGGUACAUUUUCAUUUUGGUGACAGUGCAGUAUUCCAGCUUUGGCCAGAGACUUGAAAUAUGUACACCAGUUGUGAAAAUAGAAAUACUUUUGAUAAAUAAAUCAAAAAUGACAUUCAUUUCAUUAAAAAAAAUAGGAAUAGUUGCUUUUAAGAGAAAAAACUCCAUAAGAAAAAGGAGUUUUUCAGUGGUGAAGUAUGAAAUUUUUAAGAAAGAACUUGUACUUUGAAUAUUAUGAAAAUAAAAUGUCAAAUUUUACUCAAAUGUUUUACUCUUUAAAAACAAAGAAAUAGUUAUGCACAAAGGAAAAUAUUUUUGAAUAAAAAAAAAAAAAAAAAUCACAGAUAUUUCAUUAAAUAACCAGUAAAUUUUAAUUAUGAAGCACAAUUUAUGCCAGAGGCUGCUAUAAAUUAUUUUCUUCUGUCAUGGCAGUUGAUUUUCUAGAAGUCUUUGUAAUGGUUUUUGAAAAAUGUUUUUAUAUAAGGUUUAGGGCUAAAUUCCGUUAAGUUUCCCAUUCAAGAAAAUCUUAAACCUUAUGUUCAAAGUUUGUGUUAAUCGAUCUGACAGUUUGUUUAGCUUUAGUGCUACUAACAGUGAUAAUGUCCGUAAUGACCUCAAUUUUCUUUUUACCACCAUUUCUUACUCUGUGGUUUGUGAACCACAAGUAGUCUCCAAAACUUGUUCUUUGGGGUCCUCCUAGAUUUCUGAAAAAAGGCAAAAAAUAAAAUUCAAAUUAACUGCAUAUUCUACAUAUAACUGAAAACCUCUUUGGAAAUUACACAUGGCAAUUGUCUAUCAUGUUUUCUCCCAAAGCUGAUAUUUUUGUUUUCAAUUACCAAGCUGAUAUUUUUAUCUGAUAUUUUUUAUACCAAUUUUAAAUUUAAUUAGUUAUCCUACCUAUGGAUUAUCUACUUUAAUCAUAGCAACAAAAGAGGAAUUUAAAGCACUAUGUCAGGGGUGGUGCUUCCAAGCAUACAUCGAAACUUAGAACAGCUGUGUCAUCGAAACUUAGAACAGGUCUUUCAUCUCAUAAACGUGAGUUUAAACAUUUAUGUAAUUUUUAAUUAAUAAUAUAUAAUCUUAUCUAAAUUGUAAAAACUUUGAGUUAUUGAAAAUAAAUAUACAUUAUCUUCUAUAAACUUGCCAAUAUUAACCAUUUUUAAUAUCAAUAUGAAAUUAAAAGAAUUUGAAAUAAUUUUAUUUUGAAAAUAUCCAUAUGCUCAAAAAAUUGUUAUUGAAAAGACAAGAAUAACGUGGUCCACAGAAUAUUCUAAUUUAUAAAAGUAAUCCCCACUUGAAAAAAGUUUGAGAAAUUCUGCUUUGCACUACUAAGAAUUUCAUUAUGCAGUUUUCCUGUUAAAGCAAUUUCAACGAAGUACUGCAAAUCACUUAUUUUAAUAUGAAGUUAAAUUGUUUGUAUCCAUCUGGUUGUGGAUUAUGUUACUUUUUUACAUCCCAUGUCUCUCUAUAACAAAUAUUAAAAAUCAUUUGUAAUUCUUUGUCAUUUUAAUUUUUCUCUUAUAAUUAUUUUGUUGCAGUACUCUUAUUUUAUACUUGAAAUCUGUAAAAGUUAUCCUUACUUUAAAUCAUAAUUUUUUUUUCAAAUUUAUUUGAUUUUAACAUAGAAAUAAUUUGUUUUAAGCAAACAAUUAGAACAAAGAGCUUGCAAAUUAAAGAUAAAUUUAAUACAGAAUUAUAUUAUUGUAUAAUUGUGUGAGCAUCCUAUAGCUUUCUACUGGAUGCUCCUAGUUAUAAAAGGUGGAAAACUUUAAUUUAAACAUCAAAGCAUUGUUUGUUGUACACAUACAUGCAGAAAUAGGCGAAAAAAAGGCUGCUUAUUUUCUUAUUUAGUAUAAGGGGGGGCAAAAACUUUUAAUAUCAUUUAGGAAUCAUGCUUUAGUAAAUGAAUCUUGGGUAUUAAAAACUCAAUCUUGUUGAUUCGAACCCUGUUCUUUUACUAAUACUCUUUUUGGCACAACUGGUAGAAACACUGGAUAAUUGAAUGCUGUAUGCUAAACAAGGAUUGAUUUCAGGAUUUUUCGCACAAGUUACAUUAGUAAACAAAAGUGCUGCUCCCUUGAGAAAAUAACACAACUUCUUCCUGUGUGUAAGUAAAUCCCAAAUUCUCGUCGUAAUUAAGCAUAUUGAAAUACUGGUAAAAUAAUUGAGUAUCCAUUUAGAAAUCCAUGUGGAGAAUGACAGAAAAUUAUUGUAAUAUCAGUGAUGGCUACUGAAAACAAUCUGUUGGUUACACCCAGCUAAAGUACCAAAAUGUUUUGUAAGAAACAAGGAAUUUUAUGGGAACAAAAAUCGCUGAUGGGGGAAAAAGCACUGAUCUAUAAAAUAAUGGCAUAGAUUGGUUAUUGCCACAUGUGUAUUUCAAAAUAUUACAAAAUCAUGAUAGUUCUACUGAAUAAUAAGACUGGUGAUGUGGGUAGUCAGAAAGUACUGUUUAAUCUAACAAUAUUUGAAUUUUAAAUGACAAUCUUCUGUAAUGUUGCUCAGUAUUGUAUAUUGAAAUGCCUUUGGUCUUAAUAGAAAAUUCUGUAUUUGUGAUUGCAAUGUGUACUAUAUACAUGUGUUAAUAACUGAAAAUGUUUUCUAUUUCAACAUUGUUUUUUGGAUAUAUAUGUUCUUUCUAGUAAUAUGUAAAAAAUAGUGCUGAUGUAUUUUGUUGUAUGUCAAAGAGUAGAAUAUGGGCAGUUUUGAGUACCAAAAAUAAGUUAUGAAAUUUAUAUAGAUAAGAGUGUAGAAUAUUUGUAUAUAAUAUACAUAUAUAGGAAAUAAUAACUUUUACUAUUUGCAGAAAAUCAUGUAUUUCUACAUAUGUUUUUACAUUACCUCCAUUAAAAAAAAGGGUACUUUUCUGUAAAUCGGGCAGCCGUCACCAUAUAUGGUAAUCAGUUCAUUUUGUGUCAUGAAUAGUUGUACAUGAUGAUAAAUUAUUGCAAUUCUCAUAUUUUUUAAGAGCAAAAGCAUCAGAGAAUUACACUCAUUAAAUAUUAUUAUAGUAUAUGAUACAUUACUGUUAUUAAAGUUUUUUUUUUUUUUUUUUAAUUCAGCUUUAUGUAUCGUUAGAAUUGCCAUCAUCUAGAUAGAUUUUGUGUCAAUAUUUAUGUACAAAGUAGUGCCCUCUUAACAGAAAAGUACUAAAGGAAGGAAGUAUUCAUUAUCCAUUUUUCAAUUUUCUAUAUUACAUGUUUUUCUUUAACAUUUCAUAUGUAAAAAUUUUGUACUGUUGUAAUACUGGUAAAAUAACUUUAUUUGAAUACAUCAUGUCGCUGUUUUUUAGAAAUGGCAUUAAUUUUUAUUCUAAAAAUCAUUUUUCUUUUCUGUAAAAGGAAAAUAUAUGUAAAGAUGCAACUUGAAUUCAAACAGUGGUGCUUGAUUUUGUAUAUAUUAAUAUUCUGAUAUGAUUUAGAACAUUUUUAUUAUUUUGCAGAAGCAUCAAAAUUUUAUUUUUCCAGAACAGAGUGGCACUUUUAUAUUUGAGAUCAUUUCAUUGUUAUAACUUAACUCUAUAUACCUUUUAAGCUCUAGUAGAAAUUUAUAUGUUGGGGAAAAAAUAAAAUAUUCCAAUGGAGGGGCCUUAAAAGGUUUAGUAAUAAAUUUCUGUUUUAAGUAAUUUACCAAGGGAUAUAAACCUUCUGUACUGAAAAUUUGAGAUAGUUCAGCUGUGUAAUAACUUAUUCUGUAUAUAGAUUUUAAAGAAGUAUACAGUAGAAAUAUAAUAGUUUUACAAAAAUAUGUUUUAAACAUAUACUGGUCAGACUCAAAUCUUUCUGAAUUUUCAAGAAAUUCAACGUGUUAAAUUCUAAGAAAAAUCUUAUCUUUAGAAAUCUUAGUAAAUAUUUAGAGAUUAAUGUCUUGUAAUUAAAGAAAUUGAGGUAAAAGAAACAUUUGUAGUUGGGAUAAAUCAGUGGUUAUAAGCCUAAUUUAAUAGAAAUUAACCGAAUUCUUAAUUCUUCUUCUAAAUGAAAGUAACAAAAAUAUAAGUUUUGUCGUGUAUGUAGCUGUAACUGUAGUAGAAUAAUACCUAGUAGUGGAGAUUGAGUGAUGUUUAAAUGAUCAUGUGUGAUCUUAUUUCAACCUGUUAGUAAUUUAUAAAUAUAAGCAUAUGAUAAAACUGUUCCUGUUAUUUAAGAUUUGCCUGCAUUAAAAAAAAUUAAAUCUGUUGCAAUACAUACAAUAAAUCCCAAGUCUAGUAAAGAGUUAACAGAAUCUUUAAAUGGCUCUUAAAACUUAUUUAAGGGAUUUAAAAAUUUAACUAGUUAUAUUUAUCAUGUUUGAGAUAUUAAUAAACGGAAAUAAAUGUACACAAGAUCAGUUAAAUGCCAUUUAAUCUGCAGUACUUGUUAGUAUUCUGUUCUACAGUUACAUGUUUUAUUUUACAGUUACAGCUACAGAUAUGACCAGUUUGGCACCUUUUUAUUACACUGACCUUUGGCAAUAUGUAAAAUUGACAUAUUACAAGUUGGAUGAUUAGAUUAACCUCUUGAAUAAGUAUAAUAAUGGUAGUAAAGUAACAUUAGUUUUCAAUAGUGAAUGACUUCACAAUCACAGCGUCUAAAUAACAAAUUGAAAAAGUCAAUUAAUAAUUUCGAUAACAUCCACUCGUUAUUUGCAUCAAAAUCUAGAUUUUAGUUACUUUUUAAUGUAGAAAACAUAUCCUGUUACAUAUUGGCCUCGAACCACUGAUCAUCACAAGGAAGUUACAGCUCUGACACCAUUUUAUAAAAUAAUGCUGAGCAUCAACUGGUGUACCUAUAAGGCAUUAAAUGUAGUAUCAAAAAUAUGCUAAGUCAGUAUUUUUUCAAACUGUUUGAAACAUAAUUUCUAAUUUACACAGUACAGUGAAAAAGCAUAAAAAAAUUAUUUUUAGCAAAGAAUUCAAAAGCAUAAGUUACUACUGCAGUAUAUACAUAUUUAGAGAAGUAAAUUAAAAGUAGGAUUUUUCAUUCUGUUUUAGUCACAAGAAUUCUGUUUAAUAUUGUCUGAUAUUGUUAAGCAGCAUUAUAAUCUCUAAUUAGGAAAGUCUGCCAGUUUUGAACUCUCAAUUUUUCAGAAAACUAUAUUCAUGAAUCUGCUCAUCUAGGGAUACAUGAUAACAGAAAAUUUAGCUGCUAAUAUUUUGUAGGUAGACAAUUAAAAAACUGCAAAAAAAGUAAUGAGGUUUGAUAGUGCAAAUGCUAUUUGGCAGUUUGUCUUAUUUUCAGUUGAUUUACCCAGUGCAAAUAUGAAAUAGUAAAUGAAUAUAUAAAAGCAAAGAAUAUUUAUUUUAGCUGUCAGUACACAGUAUAUGAAAUGUAAUGUUAAAUAGCUUUCAUGUUAGCUGUAUAUGAUCAGGCUUGUGCUUAGUGUGUAAAUUAUGUUGAUCUAUGCUUGAUGCAUGAGUUGCAGUAGAAUACAUUUUUCUUGAGUACAUGCAAGUGGAAGAAAGUAAAGCAUGCCAGCACAUCCUGAGAUUAAGUUUGUGUUUGGCAAUCAAAAGCUUUUGCUUGUUUUGUGUAUAAGAAUUUAAUUUCAACUUGCAUCUUUUCUUUUUUAGAGUAAAAGAAUCAUCUGUAUUUUUCCUCCCAAUAUGUUUAAAGCAAGUACGGAUUGCAAAACUGAGGAAGGAUUUUUCUAAAAAGCAAUGAAAAUAUUGUAAAUACAGCAGUAUGAAAAAAAAAAAUUGAAUAUGUUUUCUCAUUUAGAAAUACAUAAUGUUAGAAGAAAUAGUUUCUAAACUGAUAUAAAUUGAAAAUUUAAAAUGUAUAAAUUUUAAAUAUUUAUGCAGUGCUGUGUUGGUAGUUUUUCAAAGUCUAAAAAUCAUCAAAUUUCAUCCAAAAGUUUGCCAUUGCUGAUCAGAAACACCGUUUUUAAUAGUUUUUUGUUCCCCCUUCUUCCUCUUCUUCUUUAUCAUUUGUAGAAUAUUAGUAGCUGUAUUUUUUACUAUUGUGUAUUUCUAGGGCAGCAGAUUCAUAUACCAUAUUCUUGUAUAUAUAAGCCGCAACCUUAAUUUUUACUUCUAAUUUUAAAAAAUCUAAAGCCACAGAUACCUUAUCUACCAUCUAUGAUGCUUCCCCCCCCCAUUUUGGAAUGUGAUAGCUGCUAAAAUGAAAACAGUACUUAUGACACACAGAAAAUGUUUUAUUAUCAAUCAGAAAGAAUAUGUGUCUGUGUUUAGCACCUCUUGUUCACGGUUGCUCUCAGUACGACUGAAAUAGUUGAUUGCAUUACCAGUAUUACUAUUGCUGGUACUGGUAUCCCACUUCAUGUUAUCCCCAGAGCCAUCUAGAGCAGUGGUCUUUACAGAAGGGGCUUGUGAAAAACUUCUUUGAGAUUGCAAGGUGGUUGAAAAGCUGCAUAAUAGGGUUCCAGAUGUAUUAUAAAAUAUAUAUUCUGGAGAAUUUGGGUCAAAAUAUGGCCCAAGCACCCAAAAUAGGAUCACAAUCCUAAGACGUUUGGGAACUACAGGUAGAAUAUCAGAUAUUCCACAUGUCAAAAGUUCUUUAACUAUUGUUUGAGGCUUGACAUUUUCAAAUGUUUGAUUGCCUAAGAUUUUCCUUCAAACUACCUGCUACCACAACUAAACUUGGAUGCCCAACAACAAAUGAAUUUAUACUCGGUUGUUAAAUACGCAUUAUUAUAUUGCCACAUGUUUUUGUGUACUUAUAUCUAAUCAAUCAUGUAUAUAAUACCAUAUGUAUACCUGAUUUUCAUCUGCUUUUAAAAAUAAAAAAAAUGUGUAGCUUGUACUCAAUUACAGUAUAUUUUCCAGAAGUAUUGAUCGUUUAAGACUGACACAUUCCUCGUUUAGAUGUGAAUCAGUUACAAUAAUCAAAACAACAAAUUUUAAUAUUGAUAAGGAAUUUCUAGGGUGCUUUUUUUAAUAACAUUUUAUGGUAUGAACAUACAAAUCUAUUAAAUCAGUGAUUAUUUAGUUCUCGUUUGAUUUUCAAAGAAAUAGCAGUUACUCUAUUAUUUCAUAGUUUCAUUUUUUUAAUUCAUGAUAUGCGAUUUCUUUAAUGUGUUUGUAUACAUACAAAUCUUUACAUUAAUUUGAAAUUUAUGUAUGAUUUAUGUGUACUUAAUAACUUAUAUUCGUUUAUUUGUCUCUGAAUGAGGAAUCUAUUUUAACAUUGCAUGUGUGGUGUUAAAAUAGAUUCUUCAUUCAGAGACAAAUAAACGAAUUCAAGUUCUUUUCACAUGCUUUGUAGUUUUACUAUUAUUAAAAUUCAAAUUGUAUUUUACAUAUAUCAAAUGAUGCAUUUAAUAAAGAUAGCUUUAAUUGAAAACAAAGAAAGUUCAGGAGAUUUAAGUUUGAACAAGUGACUCUGUCAAAGAAUUUGAAAGAUAUGUAGGGAUUUCUUAAUAAAUAUUUUACUAUAAGAAUAUGUAUUUUGAAUUUUAAUUAGAAAUUUCAUUAGUUAAAGAAGUAAACAUAUAUUUUAAUUUGUAUGAAAAGUGGUGAGAUGAAGUAUAAUGAAAGUAAUUUUAAAUGUUUUUAAAAGUAUGAAAUUUAAAAAUUUAUUCACCAAAAAAUUCUUUUUGAAAAGUUAGUUUUAUGGGUUAUGCACAAUAUUGUUUAUUCCUAAUUACUCAUUCGGUAAAGUUGCUGAACAUUGGUAGUUGGUUCCAGGAUUUGAAUUCCAGCAAACAGGUUGAAUGCAUGGUGUUUUUGUGGUUUUUCCCUAUGUGUAACAUGUGUGUGAGCAAGUUUCCUUAGAAAGUCCUCUACAAAGGCAUCCCUCUCAUUAGGCAGAUAGUCCUCGAAUACUUUGCAAUAAUCAAAUAAAUCAUUUGUUUAGAAAAAAUGUAUGUUGAUUUGAGAUUAUUUUAUAAAUAUUAUUCAGAUAUUUAAUAAUUAAUCAAAGAAGUUUAGGAGUUGUACUCAAGAUGUACUUUUUCUUGACUAAGGAUAUUUUCAUUGUUGGAAAUUGAGUAUUAUUUAUUGAUUGUUUUGAAGUUAUCUUUUUUUCAAAAAUCGUUCUUCAACUGUCAUAUUAUUAUAAAAUUAAAGUAG